GAUAAACCCGAAUACAUAAUUACCGACACGUCCACUGAACAAAUCCUUAUUCUGAAAUAAUUACCGACGCGUCGGGUCAGCGCUGUGGCUAGGUUGGGUCAAUCAAAGCCAACGCAUACAAAAUUGUAGGCGCUUCAAUCGAGAUUGAUCGUGAAUCGGAGAGGAAAGGAGUUGAUUAUAGAUACAUACCUACGUAGUAAUAUUUUGCAAGAAGUAGUUGGAAGUAUUGAGAUGGAUUUGGCUGCUAAUUGCAAGGACAAAUUGGCAUAUUUUCGAAUAAAGGAGCUCAAGGAUGUCCUUACACAACUUGGUCUUUCUAAGCAAGGAAAGAAGCAGGACCUUGUUGACAGGAUAUUAGCCAUUUUAUCUGAUGAUCAAGUUUCUGGAAUGUGGGCAAAGAAAAAUGCUGUUAGGAAGGAAGAGGUAGCAAAACUUGUAGAUGAUACUUACAGAAAAAUGCAGGUAUCUGGGGCAACAACUGAUUUAGCUUCAAAAGGGCAGGGUGUGUCUGAUAGCAGUAAUAUAAAAUUCAAAGAAGAACCCGAACCUGAAAUUUCUCACAAAACAGAAAAGGUUCGAUGCCUAUGUGGGAGUUCAUUACAGGCUGAUUCAAUGAUUAAGUGUGAAGACUAUAGAUGCAAUGUGUGGCAGCACAUUGGUUGUGUGCUUAUUCCAGAUAAAGUUACAGAAGGUUUUAUUCCAGCCCCUCCAGAUGUUUUUUACUGUGAACUCUGUAGACUUAAUCGUGCCGACCCCUUCUUGGUGACAAUUGCCCAUCCUUUAUAUCCUGUGAAGUUGAGUAUUGCAAAUCGUCCAACAGAUGGAACCAAUCCAGUGCAGAGUAUUGAGAAAACAUUUCAACUCACUAGAACUGACAAGGACUUGCUGGCAAAGCCGGAGUAUGAUAUUCAGGCAUGGUGUAUGCUUCUUAAUGACAAGGUUUCUUUUAGGUUGCAAUGGCCACAAUAUGCAGACCUUCAAGUCAAUGGUGUGCCUGUACGAGCAAUAAAUAGGCCUGGUUCGCAAUUGUUGGGGGCUAAUGGUCGCGAUGAUGGUCCUGUUAUUACACCUUGCACCAGAGAUGGGAUGAAUAAAAUAUCUUUAACGGGAUGUGAUGCUCGGGUAUUCUGUCUUGGGGUCAGAAUAAUAAAGAGGCGUACAGUUCAACAGAUUUUGAACUUGAUUCCAAAGGAAUCUGAUGGUGAGAGCUUUGAAGAUGCUCUCUUCCGUGUGCGUCGAUGUGUUGGUGGUGGAGCUGCCACUGAGAAUGCUGAUAGUGACAGUGAUCUGGAAGUUGUUGCUGAUUCCAUUCCAGUUAGUCUACGUUGUCCAAUGAGUGGCUCAAGAAUGAAGGUUGCUGGGAGAUUUAAGCCUUGUGUACAUAUGGGCUGCUUUGAUCUUAACGUAUUUGUCGAAAUGAAUCAACGGUCUCGGAAGUGGCAAUGCCCAAUUUGUCUCAAAAACUAUUCAUUGGAGAAUGUUAUUAUUGACCCAUAUUUUAAUCGUAUUACAUCCAAGAUGCGGAGUUGUGGAGAAGAUGUAACUGAUAUAGAAGUGAAGCCUGAUGGUUCAUGGCGUGUGAAGGCGGAAAAUGAUCGUAGGGGCCUUGGGGACAUUACCCAAUGGCAUUUUCCUGAUGGUACUGUCUGUGUACGAGUAGAUGGGGAAGCUAAAUUAAAGGCAGAUACUAUUAAGCAGGUCAAAGAGGAAUGUUUCUCUGAAGGUCAUACUGGCUUGAAGCUUGGAAUCAAGAAGAAUAGGAAUGGGAUCUGGGAAUUUAGCAAACCUGACAAUUACUCUGGCAAUAGACCUUGUGAGAAUGAAAACCGUAAUCCUAAUGGUAUUCCUAUAAACAGCAGUGCUACUGGUAGUGGUAGGGAUGGUGAUGAUCCUAGUGUCAAUCAAGAUGGUGGUGUUAACAUCGACUCAGUUUCUCCUAUCAUCGAAACAGUAUAUAAUUUACCGGACCCAAUUCUUUCUGCUCAAGUAGGCGGGGAUGCAGAAGUUAUUAUUUUGAGUGAUUCUGAUGAAGAUAAUGACCUCCUUAUUGCUUCUGGUCCCGCGUAUAGAAGCAAUGAGUCAAAUGCUGGAGGAGUUUCAUACGAGGUUCCCCUACCAGAAAAUCCAACUAGUUAUCCUGAAGAUCCUUCGACUGGGGCUGGAGGGAGUUCAUGCCUGGGAUUGUUUGGUGCCAACGGAGAGGAGUUUGGGCCACCUCUAUGGUCCUUAGCCUCUAGUAGCCAGGGAGGCCCAGGAUUUCAGUUUUUUGGUUCUGAUACAGAUCCCUUAGUUGAUAUGCAGCAUGGCUCCCUUAAUUGUCCUCCUUUAAUUAAUGGUUACACACUAACAGGAGAGACUUCUAUGGGUCCUACCGCUCUUGGUCCCAAUUCUUCAGGUCACCACUCUACAACUGAUAUAAAUGAUGGAUUCGCUAAUAAUCCCAUUGCAUUUGAUGGAGAUGAUCCGUCACUUAAGCUAUUUCUUCCUACCGGGCCUUCUGAUGCAGCAACUGAGGCCAAUAUGAGAAAUCAGUCAGAUGUUUCAAAUAAUAUAUGUCUUGAAGAUUGGACUUCUCUUACCCUUGGGGGUUGUGGCAGUGGGGGCCGCGAAGAGCCUGGAGGUGUAAAUGAACUAAAUCCAAGACAGCAAUUACCCUUUGAAGAAAGUGCUUUGGAUUCAUUGGCUGACACUGCUUCAUUGCUUCUUGGUAUGAAUGACAAUAGAUCUAAUAAUUUUCCCGUGAAUGGUAAUGGAUCCUCCAAGACAAAUCGGGAAAGAUCGCAAAGCCCAUUCUUGUUUCCCCGUAAACGUCGUUCCGUAAGGCCUAGACUCUAUCUUUCCAUCGACUCAGAUUCGGAGUGAGGAGCUGGUCCCAAAAUGAUUGUCAUUGUGGAGGGGUAAACUGAAUCACUUCCAGAUACACUCUAGGUUUUAUAAACAAACCACCUUUCAACCCGACAAUGUGGUGAUCCACCUAUUUUUGCUGCACUAGUCUUGUACUUGCUAUUUUAUAAUGCCUAAAGACAAAUUUCACUCUGAGUUUAUUAGAUCGGAGAUGCAGAAAGGUGUUCCGGUUGAAUCUGCGCAGCGAAGGUUAGGUGGAAACUGGAAAUCUCCUAUUUUGGCCUUGCUUACUCUGUCUCUGAAUGCUAAUUGCAUGUAGAUACAGGAAUAUGCAAGUUGCUGGAAUUUAGGGUGUUAUCUUUCUUGGGUGUGAAUUCUUUUGUAGAAUUAGUUAAUAAACUAUUAAGAUUACUUUACUAUGUAAUAGAUAUUUUUACAGCUGCUCUACUGUAGGAAUAAUAAUUUCUUUCUUCAAAUUUGAAAGACAUUCGUCUGGUACAGAGAAGCAUAAGUUUAUAGACAGAGAGAAUAGUAAAUUGAUAAAGCUUUGUAAAUUUCUA